UUGCAUCGUCUAUUGUUAGACAGUAAUCUACUUAUACGAAUGGCAUUUACAAAUUUUCUGUGCUGUAUGAUUGUCCUUGUGUUGUUUGUCUUCGAGAAUACAACAGGACAGACGGAGAAAGAAACAUGUAUUUCAGACAUGAGAGCAGUAAGCAACAUUUUAGGCCGGUAUGGACGCUGUCGGGAUCGUGACUGCGAGGCGGGUCCACCAGGGAAGCGCGGACCUGAAGGUCCAUCUGGUGCAGUCGGCCCCAGGGGACUUAAAGGUGACAGAGGAUCGUGUAAUUGUGAUUUGAGUUCCGUACAAAUCUUAGAAGAAAAAAUCAGACAGUUAGAAGCCUUCCAACAGACUAUCAGAGAGAAUACAGAAAUCUGCUAUGCUGGAAUCUCUACGUUUCAAAUUCCCACAUCUCAUAUCAGAGCAUCGUCUACUCAUUCGUCUUGCCGAUUGAGCAACAUUUUUCUGAAAUCUAAAGCGUCCUGGUGUGCUGGCGCAAAUAACCCAUACCAGUGGGUUGAUAUCGAUCUUCAGACACCGACAUUGAUAACAGGAAUUGUUACACAAGGAAGACACGAUAUUUGCAGAACUUGUAAUCAAUGGGUCACAAGCUACAAAGUGUAUUACGGCACUACAUCUGCAAAGACGCCUAUUGAAGAAAACGGAAGGGCUAAAAUAUUCCCUGCAAAUUCUGACAAAAAUACUAUUGUGAAAAAUUUGUUUGACGAACCGGUCACAGCCCGUUUUAUCCGGAUUCAACCAGUUGGGUAUCACAUUCAUAUGAGCUUGAGAAUUGAACUUCUCAGAUGCUAAUUAUGAAGAAAUUCUAUCCAGAAAAAGGGAGAUUUUAGGCUGCGUCCUAUUUCCGUAGUAUAGCUAAAACGGGUUUACCUUAGUACUAUAUGAAUACGAUGAAUUUUUCGCAGCAUUGUAUACUCUACCAAAUUUCUUGGAUUGAAUUUUGAUAUUGUAUAUUUUACAAAUAAACACAUUCGUUUGCAA